UCGAUAGUUGUUUACCUUUUUUCCCAAAAAAAAGAAACAUUUACAAAACAAAACUUGUCGCCUGGUUUAUAAAUUGUCAAUGGCCAGAGAUCCACAGCUGCACAGCAAAUAAAAUGUAAGCGGAUAUCCUGCGCAGGAUACCACAUUACACCUUUCCCGUUCCUGGCUGCGGCGCAUCUUUAUUAGGGUUCCCGCAUAAUUGUGCCGGAUCAUGGAGGAGGAUCUGGACAAAAGCACGGACAAGGAGCAGGAGCAGGUCAUGGAGAUGGAGCCAAAGCAGGACAUGGACGUGGCGCAGUCUUAUAUAACGCGGGCCAAGAUGAAUCCUGCCAAGAAGGAUAAUGAGAAGAGGCGACGUAAGGAUGCAAUGCGAAGGGUCUCUAUGAUAUUGCGGAAGUGCGACUCCUUACGAUCGACGGAAGAUCGCCAGUUCCUUGAAAAGCACCCGGAUAUGGUAAAGGCGACCAAGAAACGCAAGGAACGCGUUGAGAUUUACAAGGAGCGGGUGGUGGAGCGCGAGGAUGCGCCCCAUGUGAUCGAAGCGAAGGUGGAGCAGCUGGCCAACAUUAUUUCCCAGGCCAAGCACCUGGUUUGCUAUACGGGAGCUGGAAUAAGCACGGCUGCAUUGAUACCGGACUACCGCGGCAGUCAGGGCAUCUGGACGUUGCUCCAAAAAGGUCAGGAUAUCGGAGAGCACGAUCUGUCUAGCGCAAAUCCCACCUACACACACAUGGCACUCUACGAACUGCAUCGCCGUAGACUACUACAUCAUGUUGUGUCCCAAAACUGCGAUGGCCUGCACUUGCGAUCCGGUUUGCCGAGGCAUUCCCUAUCUGAAAUCCAUGGUAAUAUGUACGUGGAGGUGUGUAAGAACUGUCGGCCGAACAGUGUUUACUGGCGUCAGUUUGACACUACGGAAAUGACUGCCCGAUACUGCCACAAGACCCAUCGCCUAUGCCAUCGCUGCUCGGAGCCCUUGUACGACACCAUCGUGCAUUUCGGUGAGCGGGGAAACGUAAAAUGGCCACUCAAUUGGGCGGGAGCUACUGCGAAUGCGGAGCGUGCGGAUGUCAUCCUGUGUCUAGGCUCCAGUCUCAAGGUGCUCAAGAAAUACACUUGGCUGUGGCAGAUGGACCGGCCUGCCCGCCAACGGGCCAAGAUUUGUGUGGUCAACCUGCAGUGGACACCGAAAGACGGGAUUGCCAGUAUCAAGAUCAACGGGAAGUGUGAUCGGGUAAUGGCCCAACUGAUGCACCUGCUUCACAUUCCAGUGCCCGUGUACACCAAGGAAAAGGAUCCCAUUUUCGCACAUGCUACGCUCCUGAUGCCCGAGGAGCUGCACACGCUCACCCAGCCACUGCUAAAAAACGCCGACGAGGAGGAGGCGUUCACCACCACCACCGAGGAAACACAGGACUCGACCAUCUCCAGCGAGAGCUGCAGCUACAACUACAGCGAUCUGCCCAUCGGCAAGGGUCCCCGCAUCCGCACGCCCAUUAAAAACGGACGAAGGGUGAAGACCAACCUGGAGCUGCGCCAGAAAUUCAAGCUGAUCAAUGGCCAGGACGAGGAGAUCAAGGUGGAGCAACUGGAAGCAAAUGGGGAGAUAAAAACGGAGAUUAACUCAAUCCCGCAGCUAACGGAGUCAACCGUUAAAAUAGAGACUGAAGUGAAACUGGAGGAAACAGAAGGCAAGGAAACCGUUGUCAAGCAAGAGCUUCAUCUUUUGGAACUUUUGCCCAAACUGGAGCCGCUUUCCUUAAAAGAAGAAGCGGAGGAAGUACCGAACAAUGGAGUCCCGGAGUUGCCCAAACUAGUCGCCAUACAAAAAACUCACCCGGAAAGCAUUGCCGCGCUCCCAAUGGAACUGAGAUUAGAACCACUUCAGCUGCCACCUCUGGUGCCCAUUGGGGCACCACUGUCCACACCUUUUGUGGAGCCCAAGCUGGGGCUUCCGCCUGCCUUUCAGUCGCUCAACAUCCAGGUCCAGAGCGAUGGCGAUGCUGACUCCACGACAGAGAAUGAGAACGAGGAGGAGGAGGAAAGCGAGCUGGCGCAGGUGGAUUUAUUGAGGCAGAACAGCGAUGAGGAGUUGCUACGUCAACUUCCAACCUGGUACGAUGCCAAGUACCCAUACUCCGGGCUGCACAGCAUCCUGAUACCGCCGCCGGCGGAUCUGAACAUUUGGAACUCACAGGUGGUGCCAAACUUUGCCAUGAACCGCUCCGCCGCCGGAUGUGACUUCUGCUUUGAUCGUUAUGCGGAGUUGGAAUGCCAGUUCUAUCGGCGGUGGAACCUUAGCCAGCGCAAGCACAAGAAACGGGCAAGGAGCGGUCGGUUUGUGGUCUGCGAAUGCUGUCCAACGUCCGACGAUGACGAUGACUACGACGAGAAUAUAUCCUUGGCACACAUCGCAGCUGCGGAGACGGCCAAGCGGAGACAGCAGCUAAGCAACAGUUUCCCCCGGAAACUAGCACGCACCCAGGCAGGAUGGUAUGGCAAGGGCUACAAGAAGGGACGGAAGCGAAGAUAGAUCGCCAGUUCGCAAUCCUUCUACGGAUGUGGGAAAGACAAUUAAGUAAAACAAAGCCGAGAAACGCUCGCUUCGAUAGUAUUUUAGUUGUAGGAUCAUAAGUCAUAGAUGAUAGUGUCAGCUAGCAUAGGUUAGGGUUCCUUUAAAGUAAUUUAUACAUGUUUUUUAAAGUGUCCUAUCCUAUUAUGAAUAAUAUUUUACAUAAGGAAAUGUCGCUCAGUUUUUGUCCAAUUAAGUUAUUUUUUAAUCCACUGUAAUUUUAUUCUGUAACCUAUAUGUAUGCGUGUCACAAUUGUGGUAGCUUUGGUAUAUAUGUCAGUUGUCUCGUUCAGUUUUACUUUUUUCUACAAUUGCUUUUCAAAGCCAAAUUACUUAGGGCUUAACUUAAGCACGCUUGAAACCCAACUUCCGCCCUUACCUGUUUAAGUUUAAUAAACAAAAGAAACAUUAUGGUAUAGUGAA